AUGUUUCGUUCGCGCUCAUAUUUGUCCAGCCUACGUGGACAGUUGCCUCAGGCGAUGCUGUUUGGGCUGUUGCUGCUCGCUUCGGCCGGAAGUGCAGCCAAUGUGUACGGAGCUAGUUCCGGUGAAAAUCGUAGUAAUUCUCCGUCGCAGCACUGUACGGAUUUUAAUCCACAGCAUGGACUUGACAUCGAACAGAUUAUGGGCAUCUGGUAUGGCAGCGAAGUGAUCACGCAUAAUGGUAUAGACGAGGGUGAGGUCGUGUACAGGACCUGCAUUGUAAUCCACCUGGCAGACGUGACGAAUGAGACAACCACGGUUUAUGAUCAGACGACGGGGUACACGGGCCGAAGCAACCCAUCGGGAACGAACUAUGACCGCUUUGGCACGUCGUACGGCUACGGUGGUACCAAUGGUGGUGGUCGUGGUGCGGGCAGCCAGUACGACCAGCCGAACCAGCAGAAUCGCCGCCAGCAGGGAGGCCAUCAAUAUUUCCAACAGGAACCGCGCACCAUGCGUAACCUGCGGUUGAUAUGGGACGAGUCAGACCACACGCUCGAAUACACGCUGCGCUACAAUACGUCGAAGCCUGGCUUUUGGAUUGCAGCAUCGCCCCAGUCUGGCUCGAUGAUUCAGCUACAGUACGUACAGUUUACCGGCACGGUUCAGGUGCUGAAGGCGAUCAACAAUCAGCUGGUGCUGAACUUCUGCCAGAGUUUGCCCGGCGGUCAGCUGUUUACGAUCGUGCUGUCACGCGUUCCGAUGGGCUUAGGGCCGGAGGACAUACAAAGCAUUCGGAAUCUGUUGAGGCGUCGCGGUUUGUCAACAUCUUCCGUGCGAAAAGUGUGCCAAAGUGGUGCCUUUCGGAGUGACGGUUCGAUGAUUGCGCUCGUGGUAAUGGCCAUCGUUACAGCCCUAGUCAAACGGUUGCACUGAGCCAAAUUGGUAAUGCGAUCUGCUUUCUUAAUCAUUAGUACCAUCCUCAUUCAUUAUUGUCCAAGGCCAGUGUUGCAUUCCAACUUCAUUUGCUAACAAAAGUAUUGG